AUGUCCGGCAGCAAUCCCCUCCGCCCGCGUGUACAAUGUCCGGCCAGCAUCCCCAUCCGCCCGCACCCGUGUACAUGUUCCGGCCAGCACCCCUCCCCCUCGCACCCCGCGUGUACCUGUCCGGCAGCAUCCCCUCCGCCCGCCUUGCGUGUACAUUUGUCCGGCAGCAUCCCCUCCGCCCGCGUGUACAUGUCCGGUCGUAUCCCCUCCUCCCCGCGUGUACAUGUAACCCCGGCCGCUAGACAUCCCCUGACACCCGCCCGGGUGUACAUGUCCGGCAAGCAUCCCCUCCGCCAGCGUGUACAUGUCCAGCCGCAUCCCCUCCGCCCGCGUGUACAUGUCCGCCGCAUCCCCUCCUGCCCGCGUACAUGCCCGGCCGCAUCCCCUCCGCCCGCGUGUACCAUGUCCUGCCCGCAUCCCCUCCGCUGCGCUGUCACAUGUCACGCCCAUCCCCCAUCGGUCGCGUCGCCCACAUGUCCGUCGCAUCACUCCGCCCGACUGUGUACAUGUCUGCCAGCCACAUCCCUAGGCAUUCCUUCUGCCCGCGUGUACAUGUCCAGGCCGCAUCCCCUCCGCCCAGCCUGA